ACAGAGCUAUUAUGGACUGCCCCGGAACACUUGGUAAAUACAGAAAAUCCUGGUCGUUCAUCUAAAGGAGACGUGUUCAGUUAUGGUAUCAUAUUGCAAGAGAUAUUGCUGAGGGGAUUUCCGUAUUGCAUGAACGAUUUUAUGGAAGCAAAGACAAUUGUCAACAAGGUUAAACAUAGCGAGUGUCCGCCAUUCCGUCCCAGAGUUCUUGCUGAAAGCGGCARUCCUUUGUACUUCAARCUYAUGUCYGAUUGCUGGURYGAAGARCCUGACGAACGACCARCCUUUUCAGAUAUUUCAAGAAGACUAAAGCAAAUGAAUAACGGAAGAGAAUUCAAUAUCAUGGACAACAUGAUAGCGAUGAUGGAAAAAUACGCAAAUAAUCUGGAAGAGAUUGUACAGGAACGAACGCAGCAGUUGGAAGAAGAAAAAAACAAAACUGACGCUUUACUGUACAGAAUGCUACCAAGGUAUCAUGGGAUUGUACAAUCUCGUACCCAGUGUUCGCACUUUUAA